GCGUCAGCUUUGACCCGCAGAGCAGAUUGUGGCACGUACACCAUCAUUUCUACACGCGGCACGGGCGAGAUACAAGGGCCAUCGAUCGCAUUCGCCAACAUGAUUCGCCAGACGCUGGCAAACGUUACGGGUGGCGUCGAGUACGACACGCAGUACGCAGCGGACAUUUCCCAGCUCAGCGAAGCUGGUACACAAGAUGUCGUCAACAAGAUCAACACGUCCCUUCAGCAGUGUCCAGGCCACAAGUUCGCUCUUCUAGGCUACAGUCAAGGAGCGACAGUGACGACGGAAGCGCUGACCAGGAUACCGAACAACAGCGACGCGUUCAAGGCCGUCGUGGCGGUGGUGACGGUGGGCAACCCUAGACACAACAAGAACUUGCAGUCCAACUUUGAUACGGACGGUGGCAAAUCUACGGCGCAGGGCUUCGGUCUGCUAUCCUACCUGCCACCCAUUCCCGAUUACUGGGACAAGAGCGGCAAGGUUUUGGAUGUAUGUGCUCAUGGGGAUGGCGUUUGCGAUGUGACGAGCGGAAUCGGCGUCGGACCCGCUCAUUUCCUGUACACCACCAGUCAAUUCACCCAA